CCGCGGGAUCCUCCCGUGAUCGCGCCAAGAAACUGGUGGGAGAAACCCGGGAGAGCAACUCGAAUCGAGAGGAGAUCAGAGACUGGUGAAAGAGAGGAGGGAAAGCAGGCGCGGGGAAAUUUGGUUCCCUUUCCCUGAAGGGAGAGGAGAUCGAUCAAUGGCGGAUGCAAAAGACAUACUCGGCAUCCCCAAGACGGGGUUCCCUGCGGUGCAGGAGAAGAAGCCCAGGCCCCCCAAGGAGCCCCAGAGGAAACCGGACGGCGUCUCCCGGGAGGUUUACGCGCUUACGGGAGGUAUGCCGCCUUUGAUGCCUACGAUCGAUGUUUCUCAUCUCAAGCGACGCGCUCCCGUGGAUAGGGAAAAGAUAACUUGGCAGUGGCUUCCAUUUACCUCUUCUGCACGAAAAGACAACUUGCAACUUUUCCAUUGGGUAAAAGUUGCAAAUGGUGUUCCUCCAACUGGUGACUAUGCUUUUGCCAAGUAUAAUAAACAUGUUGAUAUUAUCAAAUACACGGACGAGGAAUAUGAGAAGUACUUGACUGACCCUGAUUGGACCAAGGAAGAAACAGACCAGCUAUUUGACUUGUGUGAACAGUUUGAUCUUCGGUUUAUAGUUGUAGCAGAUAGAUUUCCGACAUCUCGAAGUGUUGAGGAACUAAAGAGUCGAUAUUAUGCUGUAUCUCGUGCCCUUGUCAUUGCUAAGGCUCCGAAUGCUGGUGAUGUUUCUGGACAUCCUCUUGUUAAGGAUCCCUAUAAUGUUAACCAGGAAGUUGAACGCAAGCGUGCAUUGUCUACAGUUCUAACUCAAACAAAGCAACUGGAGCGUAAGAAUGUUGAGAGUGUGGAGGAGUUGGGUGCAGAUGGAGCUGUUGAAAAGGUUGGUGGGGCAGUUGAUUCCAUAUCACCUAGCUCCAAUAUUCAUCCAGCUAUUAUUUCAUCUGCAGCAGCAGAUAUUGGUCCAAUUCCUGCUUCACUUCGUAUGCUUCGUGUUUAUCUGCGAAGUUAUGCCCUCGAACAAAUGGUGCAAGCUGCAAGUUCGUCUGCUGGCUUGCGAACUCUGAAGAGGGUGGAACAAACUCUUCAAGAUUUAGGGGUUAAUAUUAAACCAAAAGUUCCUACAAAAGCUGUUUGUGCUGAACACUUGGAAUUGAGGAAAGAAAUUCUGAUGCUCCUCAACCUUCAGAAGCAGCUUCAGAAUAAGGAGGCAGAAGCUUCAGCUUCUCGAGACAGUCCAUAUGGUGAUGUGGCAACACCGAGCACUCCCAAGCGUUCUCAUCGUGGAGGGGAUCAGCCGUUUCAGCAAGACUCUAUUGGUUUUACAGGUGAAAGAGUUGGUAAAAGAGAGCAUAAGAGAAAGAUCCUGGGAAGAUAUUCUGAUGGCCCACCUUCACCUCCUCAAUCAAAGAGGGCUCGCAAGAUGAAGGCAUCUGAUGGCUGAUGAGGCGCAGAAGCUAUUGACCGGUGCUAUGAUUUUCGGGGCUGUUAAACCGAACGAAGAUAUGAAGCCUUUUCACAUCUUAAAACAAUCUCGAAAAGAGAUGUCUUGCUGCUUGUAUACCACGUUAUGUAAUCUGGCGGCUGCAUUCAUAAAAUGCAUAAUUUGUCAUGUAUUCAACACCUCAUUCCUUAGAGUCGCAUGACAAGAUUGUGAAUGUAUUCAUGGGUGUAAUUUUGAAAUGUAAGAA